AUGGAAACAAGAGAAGCCGCACCUUCGAAUUUUUUAAUCAAGAUUAAUUCUUUCUCCUUGCUUGGUAGUUGUGGAAUGGACAAAUACGAGACUAAGAAGUUUAUUGCCGGAGACUACAAGUGGAAACUAAUAAUAUAUCCUUGCGGGGACAAAAAUGUCGGAAAAGAUGGCGACUAUGUUUCCGUAUAUUUGGCUAUGGCGGACACAAGUUCUCUUGUUGCAAAUACUGAUGUUAAUGUUGUAUUCACCAUCUUUCUCUAUAAUCAAAUUUCCAACAAUUAUCUCCAUUCACUAGGAAUAACAAGACGUUUCCAUGCAAUAAAGUCCGAAUGGGGAAUUUCAAAAUUUAUCUCGAAAAAGGUUUUGUCAGAUCCAUCACAUGGAUACCUAGUCGAUGACAACUGUGUGUUUGGUGCUGAGGUAUUUGUGGUCAGAAAAGAAGCUGCAGUCAUUGAACGUUUGUCUUUGAAGAAUGUUGUGACACCUUACAAGCGUAAUUGGAAGAUUCCAAACUUUUCCAAACUCGGCGACAUUUGGAAAUCUGAAGAAUUUAAUGUCGGACGCCACAAAUGGAACGUUCAUCUUUACCCGAAAGGAUACGGUGACGCGAGCGGCCGAAGUGUCUCCGUCUAUUUGUACCAUAUUGGUUCGGAAAGAGUGCAAUCAUCUAUUACGAUAUGCAUAAAAAACCAGGUUUACGAUAAUGAACACAAGAAACUAACUAUAACUCAAUGGUUUCCUGCCAGUGACCGUUUAUCUAAAAAUAGUGCUUGUGGAUGGAGUUCAUUCAUCGAGCUUGCAAAUACGAGUGAUCCUAAAAAGGGAUUCAUCGUGUAUGACUGUUGUCUUCUAGAUGUCGAAAUCUCCGUCCAUGCCGUUUCGCAUUAA